CUUUGCAAUUUCGACGAGAGCCGAAGCCGAUCUUAUCAGAUGUCUUGCGUUGCUUCCGACUCGCUCCAAGCUCGACUGCGCCGCGGAGAGGUCCCGUGCCGCGGUGUUAACCUCGGCGGCUGGCUUGUUGCGGAACACUGGAUGACAUGGGACUCGUGCCUGUGGCAUGGUGUGCCUGAUGCGAUCAAGAACCAAGGAGAAUUCGCAACCAUGAAGUUUUUGGGCCAUGAAGAGGGCGAUCGGCGCUUCGAUGAGCACCGACGCUCGUGGAUCACCGAGUACGAUAUCGCAGAGAUGAAGCGGUUCGGUCUCAACACGGUGCGAGUGCCAGUGGGCUACUGGAUCAUGGGCUUCGACCCAACGGACUUCCCCAACAAGCAAGAGUGGACAGUGUUUGCUCCCCAUUCUUUGCGGUACUUGGACGAACUGGUGAACCAUUGGUGCGUGAAAUACGACAUGGCCGUGAUAGUAGACAUCCAUGCGGCUAAAGGAUCGCAGAACGGCCGCGAUCACAGCGCUGCAGUGGACAGCGGCGUCAAGUAUUGGGGUCAAUACCCGGAAAAUGUGGACAACACGGUAUAUUUAGCCAAAUUUCUGGCUUCGCGAUACCGUUUCUGCCCUUCGUUUCUUGGUAUUGGCCUUUUGAAUGAGCCUGAGCAUCCAACCGAGCAGCAUGUUCUUCGUGCAUACUACGAGCGCGCAUACUCCGAGAUCCGUGCAACGGGGAACGACUGUGUGUUGACUGUAGCCCCGUUGCUAACUGAGCAGAGUCCCCCGUUCAUGGAGGAUUUCAUGCGUUAUCCAAAGUAUUUCAACGUGUGGCACGAGUGGCAUCCCUAUUUUAUUUGGGGCUACGAAGGGCAGAACCGAGAGCAAGUGCUGCAAGCUGUGCGUCGCUACGGUGACCAAAUCUCGUCGUGGAGUGGCAAUUGGCUUCUCAUUGAUGAGUGGAGUCUGGGAGCUCAAGGGUGUGCAUUCCCGAGUGAAGAUCGCUAUGGACUGCAACAGUUUGCGUCGGCACAACUCGAAGCCUUCAGCAAGGCACACUCGGGAUGGAUCUUUUGGUCAUGGCGCCAUUCGGACGACGGACACAACCGUCCAACGGGAUGGUCGAUGCGGCAGUUGCUGCGUGAUGGCGUCAUGAGACUAUAUGACGUGUAAUUGAGCUUAAACGCUCGACGGAUUGAUUCACCAAAACAUGAAUUGGUCUGGUUGCUACAUUUUUUUUUCAUUUAUUUCGUUUCUUGGCACUACUGAAUUUGCACUUACACAUAGAUCUCUUAUCCGUCCAAGCUCAGAUCCUCGAACUGCGAUCGCGUGAACUUCUUCAAUCGCGCAUACAGGAAACCAGCCAGUGUGACUCCCAGGACGAUCAUCGCCGGUGCCAGCGUGAAGAAGACGUCCACAGCGAUGUACAUCAACAAGGCCGUCGGGAUCAAGAGGCCAAGCAAAAGCAUAGGGAUGCUUCCAGGAACUGUGCCACGUCAACAGCAAAAACAAAAUUAUUAGACAAAGUUUUUUGCAGAAAAAACUAGUUAGCUAGGCAUUGUGGAGAUACAGUACCUUUGUACGGACGCUUAAGGUCUGCGUGCGUGUAGCGCAGUUUGAUGAAUGCAGCAAAGAUCAGGAUCUGGUAGAAGGCCGAGAGCGCAUUUGUCAUGUUGACGAUGUCGUUGAAGUCGAACUCGAUGAGUACCAAAAUGACGAUGAGACUCGCGAAGACGGCGUUGUGUGGCGUGUUGAAGCGUUUGUUGCGUCUAUCGCAGAUUGAACAGUAUCUAAAUUGUUAGAAAACAAGUACAUGCAGAAUCAAAACACAGC